AUAUUAUAAGGACACGAGAUGGAGCAAGUGUCGAAGUCUGUCUGCUAUGGCGUAAUACUAAUAACAAUAUGGCGUUCAGUGGUGGAAUGUUUUCGAAUCUUGGACGUGUACCAACUGUUUUGGAACAAAUGCUUUCCGAAAUAUCUUUUCACAGAACUAGAGAAAUGAGGCAGUACGGAGCGGAGGAAAGUGGAUUUGUCCUCCUGAAUCCAACAACAUUUUGGACUGAUUUGUUUAUUAGACAUUUCUUGUACCAUAGAGAAGACCAAGUAAGAGAUGAUAUGCUUUUCUUUGUAAGAAAGCAACCUAAACAGAAGAAGUCAAGAUUUAUUCCACAAUUUGAGACAACAAUUGAAGUAUUCAGAAAGGACUCAAGAAAGCUGCCAAUAGGAGACCCGGAUAUAGAUUGGGAGGAAACUCUGUAUCUGAAUCUUAUUUUACAACAGUUUGAGUAUACGCUAACAUGUGCAAUAUGUACCAGAACGAGUCCUAAAGACUUGCAGAUUCUUAAACGACAUUCACAGAGAGUGUAUGCUUCCCCCAGUAGAAGAAGUAUGGAGUGUAAAGGAGAAGUUGAAGAAAUAGCCUACCCAAAUAUAUUUUUUAUGGUUGACAAUUAUGAUGAGGUGUUUCAAGAUAUAAUUGUCAGAGAUGGAGAAAUGGUAUGUGUAGAACUUCUAGCCACAGACAGGGAUGGCACACUUCAAGGUGUUGUGUUUCUAGGAUCUAUUCAUUAUGAAGCCUUAAAGAGAGUGUAUGAUGCUAGGGUAGGGAAACAUUAUUUUCUACCUAUGAUAACAAGCGAGUAUUUACACCAAGUUGUGUGCAUGAAGUUGAAACAUAACUCAGAAGAAGCUCACCAGGCUGGAUUAUUUUUAAGUUUGUGGGAAGGCCCUGGGGCAGAGAAUCCCUACCUUCAGAGAAGAAUGUCAGAUCCCAGCUCAAAUCUCAACAAUUUUGUUCGAGGCUGGAGGGCUAAAGAAAUUAAGAAGUCCCAGUCUGAAAAUGAAGGAGUAGAUUCCUUUGUUGAUGGAAUCAAUGAAAUUGAAGCAGGGGAUCUACGAGAUGAACUAGAUGAUACCACCUACAAUAGACUGUGGAUGAUGAGAGGAUUUGGUCAGGCUUAUCAUUUCUGGAAAGAAUCGCGCCGAGCUAAUUCCCCAGCUCUUCAUGCCUACCUCACAUAUGUGACUUUACCUUGGCAUCGUAUCAUUGGAGGUCUUCUAGAUACAAGACAAGAACCAGUUUUGAUAUUCUAGCACAAGCUGGCAUAGGAACUUGAACAUUCUUCAUGCUGUUUAGUGGACUUCUGCUCGUAAUUAAAAGUGAUGAAUGAAAUUCUCCUGCCUGUUCUUUGUGUGAUGUCUUAAUGCCAUCAGCUGUGAUGCCAUCACUUUUUUGUGCCAUUUAUUAAGGUACUUUCAGAGAGUUUUUUGUCAUAAAGAAAUCUCUGAAAUAUUAAGUUACAAGUACCCGAGUCUUUUUGCUAGAACCAGGAGUGUAAUAAGUAUGUGCUUUAAAUUUAUUGUCAGAAGUAAUAAUACAAUCUGCAUAUAUUAUAGUAAAAAUUAGUGUAAAACCAAAUAUAAGAAAAAACUUGAAUUUAAGAAGUUUGUGUAGCAUUUUGAUCAUUUGAUUAUAAGUAAAUUAAUUAAACCAA